AUGGAUGGCACUUCACCUGCCCCCGGUCCGAACGACGAUUGUCAGCGGUUCAAAUUCCUUUGUAGCUUUUCCGGCAGCAUUCUUCCCCGCCCGCAGGACGGAAGGCUCCGCUACGUGGGCGGGGAGACCCGCAUAGUCAGCAUCCCACGCCACAUAACCUAUGAAGACCUCAUGUGUAAAAUGAAGGAGCUAUUCGACAACGUGGCCGUGCUCAAGUACCAGCAGCCGGACGAGGAGCUGGACGCCCUUGUCUCAGUCGUCAAUGACGAUGACGUCAUCAAUAUGAUGGAGGAGUACGACAAGCUGGGCUCAGUCGAUGGUUUCACAAGGCUCAGAUUGUUCCUGUUCUCACAACUUGAGCAGGACGAGGGCCCGCCCCCAUUCAUGGAGGGGGAUAGCGAGAGGAGGUACGUGGAUGCAUUGAACAGCCUAAAUGAGUCACCUGAUUUCAGAAAGCAUCCCGGUGAGUUGGGUUCGUUCGAUGAUGCUGAGCAGUAUCUCGAUGGUAGGAACAUGGAGCUGCCAAUGGCUCAGAUGAACCUGCGGCACCUGACCAUCCCUCAUCUGGGAUCAGGCCAGGCUCAGGCUCAGGCCCAGCAGCCUAUUGGCAGCCAGCGGUUUAGUGAGAUGGAGGCCCCGUGGAGCCCCGCAUACUACUCCCCCCGGCAACCGGAGUUCCCUACCUCGCCCUCGUUGCGGUUACCACUGGAGGAUUAUGGGGUGGUUCUGGUUCCAUCCGGAGAGAAGGCGGCAGGGUUCCCCGGAAACUUGCUCCACCAUCAGGUCGGGUCGAGCGCUUAUGAAGGGAAUAGCAUUUGCGAAAAUUGUAGGAUGACGUUUCAGAGGAAUCCACAGGUGCUUUAUCCGGACCUGUCUGAAAGGGGAUGUAUUUCCCCGCAUCCUUGGACGGAGGAGUCCAGACAUGGUUAUGUCAUGGAAAACUGUCCGAGUGUUCUGUGUGGGCAUGAGAAUCAACAUCAUGGUCGUUCAGGUAUUGACUAUAGUGGGCAGGUGUUUCAGGAUCAGGCGCAAGUUUCACACCUGCCAUUCAUGGACGAACGUGGGGUCCGCUAUGGCAACCCAGCUACCUUUGUAUAUGGGCCUCAUGGUCACAUGCCACCGCAGUCCCCCUGGCAGAAUGUUCACGGUCCGUUCCAGAUGGGAAGCCCAUCUUACGAGAUGCCCAUUUCGUCUCAGAUGGUUAAUGGCUCUUUGAGUGGGCCUAUGGGAUAUGUGCGGGGGACAGUGGAGAGCAGUCUUGGGGUGAGGGCUGGUGUAGAGAAUCAGAGGUCUGAGUCAUCACAGAAAGCCGCAGCGCUUGAUGCUUCUCUCAUACCGGAUUAUUCUCACUUCCUGGCUGUAAAAAAUACUCCCAAUAGCCAAUUUUUGGACAACGUCCAAUCUGCAUCUCUUGCUCCAUCUGGCGUAGAAUACCAAAAUCGUAAUGGAAGUACUAAGUUGGUUAACUUAAACAGGACUUGUGGGUAUGAAGAGAUUAAAGAGAAAAAUAAUGAAGUGAAGGGUAAAGAAUCUGGUGUUCGUCAAGAUAGAGAAUCUGCUUUUGUUGAAAAUAAUGGUGCUAUAAAUGAGUCUAAGAAUGCCAAUGUUCUUGUGGAGAAACCGGAUGAUGGACAGGAAUUUUUACCUGAGUUAAUUGUUUCCCUGAAAGAGGCUGCUCUGCAGAGUUCGAAGGUGGUGAAUGCGGAAGCUCAGAAAGAAGACACAAAUUUGGGGAGCGGCCGUGGUUCUGUUGAAAAAGAAGAUGUUCAAAAUCACAAAAAUGGAGCAGAUGACAUUGUGGACUUGGAGGUAGAAGAUGAUAGUGAUAAUGUUGACAGCUCCAAAAUAGAGCUGACUAAAGCAGAGGAAGAAGCUCUUGAUAGAGGAUUGCAGACUAUAAAGGAUGAAGAUCUGGAGGAGAUUCGGGAGUUGGGUUCUGGGACAUAUGGUGCUGUGUACCAUGGAAAGUGGAAGGGAUCAGAUGUAGCAAUAAAAAGAAUAAAAGCCAGUUGCUUUGCUGGAAAGCCAUCUGAAAGGGAACGUCUGAUUGCUGAUUUUUGGAAGGAAGCUCUGAUACUCAGUUCCUUGCAUCAUCCAAAUGUCGUAUCUUUUUAUGGAGUUGUUCGAAACGGCCCUGAUGGAUCUCUAGCAACAGUGACGGAAUUCAUGAUUAAUGGAUCUUUGAAACAGUUUCUGCAAAAAAAGGACAGAACAAUAGAUAGACGGAAGAGACUCAUCAUUGCCAUGGAUGCUGCAUUUGGCAUGGAGUACUUGCACGGGAAAAAUAUUGUUCAUUUUGACCUGAAAUGUGAAAAUCUGCUGGUAAAUAUGAGGGACCCACACCGACCUGUGUGUAAGAUUGGCGAUCUUGGAUUAUCCAAGGUAAAACAACAUACUUUAGUUUCCGGUGGUAUUCGGGGGACAUUACCCUGGAUGGCCCCUGAACUUCUUAGUGGCAAGAGUAACAUGGUCACAGAAAAAAUUGAUGUUUAUUCAUUUGGGAUAUGCAUGUGGGAGUUGCUUACUGGUGAUGAGCCUUAUAAUGAUAUGCACGGUGCUUCUAUAAUUGGCGGCAUUGUGAACAACACAUUGCGCCCACAAAUCCCGACAUGGUGCGACCCUGAGUGGAAGUCACUGAUGGAAAACUGUUGGGCCUCCGACCCAGCCCAAAGGCCCGCAUUUUCCGAAAUUGCUCAGAGCUUGAGGAAUAUGGCUGCGGCCAUGAAUCUCAAAUGA